AUGUCUCACUCAAACACCUUUCAUUGGAACCUCAUGAUAAGAGGCUAUACGGAUAACAGCUUCUUUCUACAUGCUCUCAACAUGUAUCUCACAAUGCGCUUUCAAGGGGUUCCCACCGAUCAUUUUACAUACCCUUUUGUCCUCAAAGCUUGUGGUGGCUUGUUGGAUUUCCGAGAAGGCGAAAAGGUUCAUGGGAGCUUGUUUAAAAUGGGUUUGGCUGAGGAUCUUUAUGUUUGCAAUUCACUCAUUGGGACGUAUGGCAAGUUUGGUCACAUUGAUUCUACAGUUAAGUUGUUUGAGGAAAUGCCUCUUCCAGACUUGGUUUCUUGGAAUUCAAUGGUUGGCGCGUAUUUGAUGGUCCAACAAUAUUUCACCUCUUUGAAGUGGUUUAGGAGGAUGCUCCAUGCUAGGAUUCUCCCCAAUAAGUUCAGCUUAAUCAAUGCGCUGAAGGCAUGUUCUCACUGUUUUUAUAAUUUAUGGGGAAGAGAAGUGCAUUGCUAUGCGCUCAAGAUGGGUUUUGAAUCAGAUGUUAUGGUUCAGACAUCACUUCUUGACAUGUACAGCAAGUGUAGGUCGUUAAGUUAUGCAGAGAGGAUUUUCGAUAGUAUAUUUUCGAGGAACAUUGUUGCUUGGAAUGCAAUGAUUGGUGCUUAUGCUCUGAACGGUCAACCAAUUCAGGCUUUUGAUUCUUUGGAGAAUAUACUCAAGGAUGAUAAAAUGGCUGUUGAUAAUGUCACACUCAUAAACCUGCUUUCUUCCUGUGCACAACUAGGAGCUAUUUUGCAGGGUAAGACUAUCCAUGGACUUGCCAUAAAGAAAGGCUUUCUACCUCAUCCGGUAUUGGAAACAGCUCUGCUCGACAUGUAUGGCGAGUUUGGAAUACUGAAGUUGGCAGAGGUAACCUUCGAUCAAAUGAUCCGUCAUGAGAAUUCACCCUCCUCCUUCGCAUCGAAGCACUAG